AUGUGGUCGUGUAAUGUUGGAAACAACAACAACAACGUUAAUGAAUCGAAGGAAAACGAGAGGAGGAGCCUCAAGGUAGAGGUAGCAAAAGUCCACCAUCACCACCACGACGACCACCACCUUCUCGAUCACCACCACCACUACCACCUUCUCGAUCACCACCACCAAGACCACCCUCGAUCACCACCAAGACUACCACCACAUUCUCAAUCACCACCACUACCACCUUCUCGAUCACCACCACCAGCACCUUCACCCCCUUCGUUUGAUGAAUUUUUAUUUGUUCAAACUUGGCCACCCGCAUUUUGUAAGGUCCGAAAUACUAGAUGUAUCAAUCCAGUGCCAAAUGAAUUUAAGAUCCAUGGGCUUUGGCCCAAUAAAAAGAAUUCUAACUUAGAAGAUUGUACUGUUGGUGAGGAUUUUGACUCCACUAAGAUUAAGAAAUUAAGGAGACAACUUGAAUUAGCAUGGCCGUCAUUAAAGAAUGGAUUUCCUGGAGAUGUAAUUGGCGAAAACAACAAAUUUUGGAGUGAAGAGUGGAAAAAACAUGGAAAAUGUUCAAUGAUAGGCUUAACUAACUACUUUAAGCUUGCACUUAAAAUUUACAAUGAUAUUAAUCCAAACCUUAUUUAUAUCCUUAAAAAGGCGGGUAUUAAACCCCUUCUAAAGGGCGUAGAUAGAGAAAUAAUUUCCAAUGCCAUAAGAGCUCACUUAAAUGUCAUUCCUCAAAUUCGCUGUGUCCUGAUUGAUAACCUUUAUUAUUUAUAUGAAAUAAGGGUUUGUUUGACUGCAACCAUGAAACCAAAGUUUAAGGAUUGCCAAUUGGAAUAA